GAAGCAGUGAGUUGUACUCGCGGGAAAAAUGGCGGAAACGUGUGGUGUCUUCAUGUUGCCAGCAACAGCGAUUCAAAACAUCGCAUUAUAAACCUCAUCCUUUGUUUUCCUCCCUGCGGUAGUAGAUAAUCUGCGCGCGGUGGUGUGUUACUGCUGUCUUUUUAUACAAGACUCUGGGUUUCAGAGGAAUGCAAGAUGCAAAAAGAUUCAAUGCACUUUUCCACCUCUGGCCACAUGACUCACAAUCAGGCUGUCGCUGAAGAAUCCUCCACCAAGACUUUCCGUUGUAGUCACUGCAUGCUCAUCUUCAAAUCCAAAGUCUACCUAUUUGAGCAUCUCAACAAGAUGCAUGACCUUGAUGUUGAUACUGCUCUUAGAGAUGCUGGUUUAAAACACCAUGAGUCUAACAAAGCAAACACUAGCAACCAAUGCAACAGUUCAGGAAAUCAUUUUUCAUGCCAGCACUGUGAUUUCAAAGCUUGUAGUCAGGACAUCCUGAAUGAACAUGAGCAGCGGUGUUGUAAAAAAACAGAGAAUCAGAACGGGAUCGUAAAUUCUGUCAUUUGUGAAAACCAGGAGACCAAAAUAAUUGUUAUUUCGACAGAACAGCCCAAGGAAGGUGCAGAGGCAAAAGAGAGUCCUUCAGUUAAAUCUACCUCAAAAACGAAAUGCACACUUAACUCAUCGAAGGAUCUGAAAACGUACAAGAGGCCACUGCAAACCAUCACCAAGUACUUUGCAGCAGCAUCUGGAUCCCAAGGGAAACCCUCAGUGAACUCAGCUGAGAGCAUAGAGCCUCUAGAAAGCACCAAAGGAACCCUAAUUUUGCAAGAAUCUCCCUCAAGCUCCAGCCCACACAGCAGUGGUGUGUUUAAAGUCACUGCAAAGUCCAUUAUUGAUAUAUCUAAAAAAGGGUCUGACCGAUUUCUACUGAAUGACCACCUUUUAAUUGCAGACCUGACACCAUCAAAGCCUAAGGAACAAGUCAAAGAACCCGCCUCUAACAACAUUGGGAAGAGGGCCAAUAGUGAAAGCCCAGAGAGUUGCCCUGCCAAAAAAGCAAAGUCAAGCAAAAAGACGACGAAUGUCCCAGAGGAGGCAAGUAAACAGCAAUCACCAAACAACACAGACUUUUCAUUUGAAAUUAGUGAAGAUGAAGAAGAAAAGAUGGCUCAUCUUUUAAAUGGGGACACAGAAAGCCCAAAAGUAUAUUUUUGUAAGCACUGUGACUACAGUGAUAUGGGCCUCAGAAGCGUGUCUACCCAUUACCAAAAUGACCACCCUUACAUAAGAUAUAACGUGGCCUACAUUCAGGAUCCUAGUGAUCAAAGUGCUACCUUUCGCUGCCUGGAGUGUCCACUUGAGUUUUUAAGUAUUGCUGACCUCAAGAGACAUUACACAGAAACUCAUCCAGACGCCCCAAAAGUUCUCACAAUGCAGUCGUGUGAACUCAGUUUGGUUUUCAAAUGUUUUGUGUGUCCAUUUACCACCAAUGUAUUGAAGCCCUUGAAAGAACAUUACAAGGAAAAACACCCAAAACAUAAAAUGGAUAAUCCCUUGUUGUACUGCAGAUAUUCAGCGACUAGGUACCAAGAAGGAUCAUCUCAGUUGAAUACAUGUGAGAGAGCACACAGCCCGGAAAGAUCAGAGGGGAUUUCUUCCAAGCAUGCGCAUGCACAAAAGGAGAAUGUCAAAAAAACACCCGCUGCCCUGCCUCCCAACCACAAUGGAGCAGAAAUGGUUUUGUAUCAUUGCAACAAAUGUAAGUUUAGUCAUAAGUCAAUUGUUGUUAUGCAUGUCCACUAUCAAAAAAGUCAUCCAAAGGAAGCUGUCACAAUUGACAAAAUCAAACAGUCAGUUCGUGCCAUAUCACAUAUAACUUCAGAGACGAUCCCUGAGAAGUCUGUGACAGUAGCAGAAAACUCUGCACCUCAGAAGAACAUCUCAGAUUCUUCUAAAAAAGUCAAAGACAAAGCCGGGCAGUCAAACAGAAAGAUUUCAUUGUCUUUGAUGAAUCUGAAGCACACAUCAGACUCUUCUAAGACUCAUUCAGAGUCUCCCAAACCUGAGAAAGUGAAAACUGCAGAGGACAGAGGCGAAACAAAGACAUCACCUACCAAAUUUGCCAGAGAGAUCUCUGCUACAAUGGACAGUUUAUCCUAUAGUUCACCAAAUAAAAUGUUUUACUGCCAGUUUUGCUGUUAUUCAAGUACCAACAUCAGAAGCGUUGUUGCUCAUCAUAAGGCGAAACAUGCUGUGUAUGGACUAAAGGAUACUGAAGAGAUCGUGAGGUAUAGUGCUGAGGUGCAAAGAAAACGGCAAGGUGAAAAUGAGGCCUCAGCAAGUACUACAUCUCCUGAUCCUGAAACUAGUAAACAGGUUGAGGUAUGUAGCGAAAAAGAACUUCCACGUGAACAGGAUAAUGUAGAAGAUGCUUCCAUGAUGAAAUCUAAUCCUUAUGCAUGUCCCGAAAACUUGUUUUACUGCCAAAAGUGCAACUUUGGUAAUCCAACUGUAAAAGGAGUAUUGAACCAUCAAGCCACUGUGCAUCAAGGCAUUAAGUCCAAUCGAGAGUGCAUUCUUGAAUACACAGCUUUGAUUCGUGAUGAAAUUGAGAAAUCAAAGUCUAACACAGAGGAGUUACCCCCCUCUACUCAUCUACCUCUCCCACUUCUGAAUGAAGGUGAUAAAGAUAUGGUUUUCUGCCCCCUUUGCAACUACAGGCAGAAUAGUAUUAACCAUGUAUUGAAGCAUUGCUUCAAAAGACAUCGUGGAUUUGAGGUUAAGGCUGAAAAAAUACAUAUGUAUACUUCGGUGGUUGUCAAACAGGCACAGAAAUUAGACUUAAAAACAACUGCAAGCCAAGAAGUUAAUCAUGCAUCCGUUGGUAUAAAAGGAAAUAAAAAGAUGCUUUCCAAAGGCUUGUCAGUUUCAGCAUCACCCUCAGUGAGAGCCACACAAGCACAGAGGACCCUAAAGUGUCAUAAAUGUGCAUACAGCAGUCAGUACCUGAAUGUUUUGAGGAGGCAUAUGUGGAAAAGCCACAGGACAAAUCGCUCAGUCAAUGAGGUUUUAAGAUUGUGUUUUAAACGUGGCAUGUUAGAGUCAGGUUAUUACUGUGACUUGUGUGUUUUCUCUCACAAAACUGCAGCAGCAGUCUACAAGCACCACCAGGAACAACACCCAAAACGUAAACUGACCUUUGAAUACAUAUCCACUAGGUUAUAUGCUGGUCCUGACACACCCCCUCCUGAAGAGAAGAAACCUAAGAUAAAGCAAACUGAUGGUACUAGCGAUGGUGCUUGUACUGAUGGCAGAUUACAAUCCGGAAGAUCUGGACAAAGUGAAAACAAGAGGUAUUCGUGCAGAGCAUGUUCAUUUAGAAGUCGCUCGAUGUCAAGUAUGGCAGACCACUACCGUGCUGUUCAUCCUUGGACUGUGAAAGAAGAUGGCUCAGUCCUGAAUGUCAUCACCAGCAAGAAGCCAAAUGCAAACAGCCAUGUGGAAGACCACAAUGAAAUGCCAGGGUCAUCUGACACCCAAGAAGUUCCUCCUGAAUUUGGCAAGUCACCUGAUUCAUCUCGUGAAGCAACAGAAUCACUCACAAUUCUCAAGUGCCAUCAUUGCCCUGCGACAUUUCAUAGCCAGCGUGGUCUUAAGACUCACCGUGGAAUGAAACACCCAGAAGCUGUAACUGAAGAUUUAUAUGAACAGGAAGAACAGCGAGUACAAAUCCAAAAACGUGUGCAUAUCUUUAAGUGUCCACAUUGCACCUACGUCAAUACCAACUAUCAUGGAAUUCUCACUCACUGCCAGAUGAAGCAUCUUUCCUGCGUAUCCAGGGCAGACAGUCUUCACGUGAAUGAAAAAGAUCUACGCAGUUGGGAAGACAGCUUGAAAAGAAAAGGUCCUGGUGAGAGUUUGAAAUUUAGCGGGUACAUGUGUAAAACCUGCCCUCAAAUCUAUGCAACGUUGGCGAAGAUCAACAAGCACUGUGAGAACGACCAUAAAGACACUGUGCCAAACGCGGGGCCGAGCACACACAAACUAGCUCCUACACCAUCAGCUGCAAGUAAAAUACUACAAUCUAAUACCCACAGCAGCAGAGCAUCACUAUUGAAAGCUUCCUUUUUAUCCAAGAAAAAUUACACACGGAUUAAUUGCCAGCAUUGCCGUUAUACUUGCAGCACAAAAAUUGCACUCAGUCAGCACUUUCAUGCUCACCACAGCAGCAGCGCUGUUCCAAAGGCUAAAGAGUAUGGAUACAAGUGUGUCCUGUGCCCUAGGUCUUAUUUCAGGAAAAAGCGUUUGGGAAACCAUUAUAUCUUGAAGCAUGGGAAGGAUGCCUUCUUUAAAUACUAUGGAGCAAUAUCCAAACAGAUCUCAGAGAAGUCCGUGCUCACAUCUCCUGUCUGUCCUUUAACUCAGCGAUCCAAAACCAUUUCUGAAGUAACUGAGUCUAUCACAACGACAGAAGAGGACAAAGUAUUAGUUUACAUGUGUCCAAGCUGUCCCUAUGUGAAUGCUAGCCACCAUGGGACGCUUACUCACUGCCAAAUGAAGCAUCCAGUCCUCACAGCCAGGGCAGAUGAACUGAAAAAGGAAAGAAUUCUUGUAACCAACAUGGUUGGCUGUACGAUGGGAAAAGGAUCUAAUGAAAGAGGGUACAUGUGUAGAAAGUGCCCACAAAUUUAUUCAUCAUUGGAAAAACUAAAAAUCCACGGUGAGAGGGACCACAGUCAGGCUGAGCCAGCAGCUUCUGAACAUUCAUCUGACACUGACACUGAGAAACAGCCUCAUCACAGCUCAGAGGACUUGGUGUUGGAGGCUGCUCCUUUAAAAGACAAAACAUCAGCAGUGAACACAACAGACACUGAUCUCAGUCAACAGCUGGCCUCUCCUGAGACAUGCCAGGUGUCAGAGCAAAACAAGGAAUUCCGUAUAAAUGUCGAAUGUGCACCUAUACAGCGGUGUGUCGAAGGUAUCUGCAUUGCCAUUACAAAAAGACUCACAAAUUGGAUGCACUGAGCACAUACAAGAUGCUGGAGGAGUAUAACAAACGUAAACGCAGCAUAACCCCCUACCAGCUGAAAGCUGCGUGUGAGGAAAGUGCACACGUCAAAUGUAGGAAGUGUCCAAACUUGAUGUUUGACUCAUCGCAGCAGCUUAUUGCCCACUAUAGUACCUUUCAUAGCUCACAUUACAAAUUGGACUUUACUGUGUUGUCACAACAAUCAAAGAAGAGGACAGGAAUUUACAGAUGUGCCCACUGUGAUAAAAAAUUAAAUGGAAUUAGAAAACUGUGUCGCCACCUGGAUCGCCAUGCAGCAAGGGAGAAAAAGAAGGCUGCAAAGGCAAAGUCAUCGUGUGCCAUUAUGUCAACACCAGAGACCACAUUCAUUGAACUCUGUAGGCAAGAUGAACUGCCCAUGUUAGAAACAGUGGAGGAGCUGACCCAGUGGAAUGUGACGCAAGUAGAGACCUUCACUUUGCCCGCGAGUCCUCUGUCUUCACCUUUAAAAUCCACUGAUGUAGAGCAGCCAGAGCUGGAAUCAAGAGUUGACAAACACAGCUGCAAACAGUGUGGGCGGACAUUCAUGUCUCUGAAAGGUCUGCGCUCGCAUGAGCGCAGCCAUGCAGCCCUGGCAGCCAUCAAGAAACUGGACAAUCUGCCUCCUUCAGCACUAAGGCACAACAUUAACAAAUACGUCAUCUACAAAUCUGGAACACUAAGGCCUUUUCUAUGUAGUAUCUGUUCCUAUCGGACCACCGUCUUGGGCCUGUGGAGGUGUCAUUUUAUGAAAAAACAUCACGAUGUCAUUAUGGAUCCUGCAGAGUCUGAGGUUCAAGAUGAGGAGCAUGCUCAGAGGACCUACAUGGAGCCUCUUAAUUCACCAGGGGACAAGAAUAAUUUGGCUGAACCUGAUGAAGAACAUGAAAUGGCUGAUGAAUCGCUGUACUUGGAGCCCCCAGACGUGCGGCGACAGUUGAACCACUACAGCUUGAUGGCACAGACUGGCGUCUCGUCUAACUCCAACCUGCAGGAAACCGAGAUACCUGAGAACAGUCAGCUUCACUGCGAGUUUUGCAAUUUCAGCACCGGCCACUUGUCUAGUAUAAGACGCCAUUACUUAAACCGCCACGGGAAGAAGAUCCUCAGGUGUAAGGACUGCAACUUCUUCACUGGUUUAAGGAAAACCCUGGAGAUGCACGUGGAGACGGGUCACUCUACCUGCCAGUCAGAGCCUACUCAUCAGAAAGACCUCCGCUGCCCUUUCUGCCUCUACCAGACCAAGAACAAGAACAACAUGAUCGAUCACAUCGUCUUGCAUCGUGAGGAACGCGUUGUGCCAAUAGAGGUGCGUCGCUCGAAGCUGUCACGUUACCUCCGAGGCAUCGUCUUCCGCUGCCACAAAUGCACUUUCACCAGUGGCAGUGCUGAAAACCUGCGUGUGCACAUGAUGAGACACAGUGACAUCAAACCCUACAAGUGUCGGCUGUGCUACUUCGACUGCACUCUGCUGAGCGACUUGGAGGCACACCUGAGUGAUAAGCAUCAGGUUGUGAGGAAUCAUGAGCUUGUGGGUCAGGUCAGCCUCGAUCAGCUACAGGCAAAGGUUGGUAGGAUGCGAGAGGAAGAGGAGGAGGAACCGUUAACAUACAGAGAGCGCCAGGAUGUAGAAACAGUGGAGUUUGUCACUGACUGUAACAAAGUUCUACAUGAGACACAAGCUGAGAACCCGGCAGAUAAUAACACCAGGGAGAAAAUUACGCUGCAGAUGGAAGAAGCAUAUCCGAGGCACAAGCAGCACCCACAAGGACAAGCGGGGAUUGUGGUCUUGUCAGACACUGCAAAAGGACAGAGGAUAGAAGAUACAGUAGAGCAAAAUGCUGAGAAAAAGAACAAUGCAGAUAUCCAGUUUGAGAAAUGCAACAGUCCAGAGAGAGGGAGAACGGAAAAUGAGAACCAAGCCCAACCCAGAGUGAGAGGUAGUGAUGACAGAGGCGUAAUGUUCACACAGCAAAAAGAGGAGGCGGCAAAGGGCAGCUCAACAAAGAGCGGUAAAAUAGCAGUUAAAAUAGAGGCCCACAAGUUAAAAAUUAAGUUGCUUCAGCGCAGAACAUUGAACAUCGAGGCUAGCGUAGAAGACGAUAUACUGCGUGACAUCCUCGUGUUGGACAAGGACGACAGCAUCUGCAUGACACGGAGAAAGGCAGAUCGGGAUAGAACGGUUAAGAUAGAGCAGAACACAGAGACGGACUGUGGAGAUAAUGCACUAAGCGACUUGCCAGGUGAAGAGAGUAGCAUCACUUUGGCCCAUAACCCAAAACUUGAUGAUCCGGAGGCAAAGAAACCUCACAUGCAGGCAAACAGCAGGAGGCAGAAGACAUUUAAAGUUGAGAGGCAUUUGCUAACUCUUCUGCCCAACUGUGCACAACUUAAGAUAAGCCAUAAAGAGAGUUCAGCUGCCUCACUCACAAACUGCAAAGAGGAACAAGUGCACAGUGAGGAGGUGACAGACCCUUAUGGAGAAAUGCCAGUGCUCGAGAAUGAGUAUCUAAAGGAUGUAUCGCAACCUUGCAAGGAGGAAGAAGAAGAGAUCGAUCAUCUUGAGCAGAAUCAGAAGAAAGAAGAUGAGAUGAUCACUGAAGACAACGAGAACCGAUGUGAGGAUAAAGAAUACAAGGAGGGAGACAGGAUAAAGGAAGCUGACAGUCCACAUGUGCACAAAAGUGCAGUCACAGCCACGGGGGGAGCUGCUGAAGUCCUGUGCCCAUCAGUCACAGAACAGGAACUUUAUACUUGUGACCUUUGUGGACGAAACCUCACGAGCAGCUGUGAAUUGAAGCGUCACAUAAUGCGACAUGGGAUGUAGAUGUUUUCUUUAUGUCUCGAGCAGCAGAAGCAGCUUCCACUGGUGAUUUUUUUUGUUUGGGAAGCUCAAUAUUGUUUUCAUGAACCGUCCUCUGUUCUUUUACUUUACUGUGUAUUUGAAAAUUACUUGUUAACACAUUAAUUUUUCACGUUUUGUAGAUUUUAAAACCUUUUUGAAUGAAACGUUUUUUAUGGUACGUAUGUUAUAAGUGUGACUUUAUUUUGCUUUUCAAUAAAUAAAACUUCUGAAUGAAGCUGGUAACU